UCCAACCUGAGGAGCUGUCUCUGGUGUCGCCGCGCGAGGGGAGUCCACCACCGGCUGCCUCUUCUGGUCAUGUUUUCAUAACAACAGCGGAUGUUUUCUUCAUUUAUUUAUUUCACCGGAACACAAGGAGACGCCCUCGCGCACUUUGACCAGCCAAGUUCAUCUUUGAAGCCGCUAACACCGCUGUGAGAAGACCAACAACACUUCAAAGUGCUUGCUCAAUGCCCCCCUCUAGUCGGCAGGAAUAGCCUUCCAGUUCCCACAUCUCCCCACAUCCAUGUUGACUGCGGCAGCCUUCACUGUGGCGGCGGCAGAGCUACAACCAGCGCAGCCCCUUUGUUCUUCGGCGGGGAAGAGUCGCCAGCUCCGCUGUAGCGGUUUGUGUCCGGACCACAAAUCCCUGCUCCAGCCUGAGGGUUUGUUUACGCGUUAAAAUGGCUGCUCAGACGGCGUUUGGAAAGGAAUGGUUCUGAAUCAGCGCAGCGACGUCACAUAGCCUCGCGGAUGCCGAGCAGCGGAGACGCUAAGCUUACACGGGCAGAAUAAACAGAUCAUGUGCUAGCUGCUGUAUGUCACUGUCUUCACAGCAGCGCCCGGAAUAGCUUUAAUAGAUGGUUCGCUGCUUUUUCGCUACGUUAUUCCAGCAAGAGGUUGGGUGAAGGGAAUUCCUCCCACUCCGAAUCUAUGCAUGCGGUUAACCAGGCAGUUUCCAAAGACAUUGCAUUUUACUAGCCAUUUCUUCAAAGCUUUGUGAGCAGGGUUAGUCGAGCUCUAAUGUGACUAUGCAUAACACUCAGCGAAUAUGCAGGACUUCUUUUUUAUGAGUGGAACAGCCUGAGUAGCCGAGGCUUCCUCCCAGAGCAGACCUAAAAGGCCCCGGUGUCUCCCCUCGGCUUGGUCGAGACCUGGGGACGAACAUGGAUCCUGCAGGGAAUUGUAAGACUCAACUCUUUCUCUUUGGACCUAAAGUGGCCACCCACGGAAAUCUGCGUGGGAUCAGCCGAUACCUGGUGGUGUAUGUUUUGUUUUACUUUGUGUUCUUCACGCACGCCUCCCCGGCCAAACCGUGUGAUAAAAACUGCCUCUCUGGAAAAUGCAUAAACGGAUCCUGCAUCUGUGACCGAGGAUGGGUCGGCGACCAGUGUCAGCACUGCCAAGGGAGGUUCAAGUUGAUGGAGCCCUCAGGAUACCUCACUGAUGGUCCAAUUAACUACAAGUACAAAACAAAGUGCACCUGGCUCAUUGAGGGCUAUCCAAACGCAGUUCUCCGGUUAAGAUUCAACCACUUUGCCACAGAAUGUAGUUGGGACCAUAUGUACGUCUAUGACGGAGACUCCAUCUAUGCUCCUUUGGUUGCUGUUUUCAGUGGUCUUAUCGUGCCAGAGGUACGAGGAAAUGAGACCGUUCCUGAGGUCGAGACGACUUCAGGCUACGCACUACUACACUUUUUCAGUGAUGCUGCCUAUAACCUGACAGGAUUUGAAAUAUUUUACUCGAUCAACUCUUGUCCCAACAACUGCUCUGGCCAUGGGAAAUGCACACCUGGGAACUCAGUCGCCAGCAGAGUGUACUGUGAAUGUGACAAGUAUUGGAAAGGCGAGGCCUGUGACAUCCCCUACUGCAGGAACAACUGCGGCAGCCCCGACCACGGCUACUGUGACCUGACUGGAGAGAAGCUGUGUGUUUGCAAUGACAGCUGGCAAGGUCCAGACUGCUCUCUAACUGUACCGUCUACCGAGUCCUUCUGGGUCCUACCAAGCGUCAAGCCCUUUGGCACAUCACUUGCCAGAGCGUCCCAUAAGGCCGUGGUGCAGGAAAAGGUCAUGUGGGUGGUGGGUGGAUACACCUUCAACUACAGCUCCUUCCAGAUGAUUCUCAACUACAACCUGGAGAGUGGCAUCUGGAACACAGUUCCCAUCAAUAGUGGCCCAGUGCCAAGAUAUGGCCACUCACUUGCUGCCUACCAGGAUGACAUCUACAUGUUUGGUGGGAAACUGGAAGCCGGCUGGGGGAACGUGACGGACGAGCUGUGGGUGUUCAACGUGCCCAGUCGAGUGUGGCAGAGGAGAAACCCCGUGGUUGGCCCACCGGCUCAGGCCCAGGUUUACGCCGUGGAGGGUCACUCCGCUCACUGCGUCCUGCUGGAGGGCGGCGAGGCCAUCAUGCUGGUCAUAUUUGGCUACUCCCCCAUCUACAGCUACAUCAGCAACAUUCAGGAGUACAACCUGAGGUCCAACACGUGGUUGGUACCUGAGACCAAAGGUGCGAUUGCACAAGGAGGUUACGGCCACAGCAGCACAUACGACAGCGCCAGCGGCAGUGUCUACGUCCACGGAGGCUACAAGGCUCUGCCUGCCAACAAAUACGGCCUCGUCGAUGACCUCUACCGCUAUGAUGUCAACACUAGGACAUGGUUUAUCCUGAGAGAGAGUGGCUUUCCGCGGUACCUGCACUCGGCUGCUCUUCUCAGCGGCACCCUGCUCAUCUUCGGCGGCAACACGCACAACGACACUUCGCUCAGCAACGGCGCCAAGUGCUUCUCCGCUGACUUCCUCAGCUACGACAUCGCCUGUGAUGAGUGGAGGCGUCUGCCUAAACCAGACCUGCACAGAGAUGUCAACCGCUUUGGUCACUCUGCUGUCGUUAGCAAUGGGUCCAUGUAUGUCUUUGGGGGCUUCUCUGGUGUGCUGCUCAAUGAUGUGCUUGUGUACCGGCCCCCCAGCUGCCAAGCCUUCUUGGCAGAGGAAGGGUGUGUCAAAGCUGGGCCAGGGGUCCGCUGCAUCUGGACCAAAAGCCGCUGUAUCUCCUGGGAACCCAGCAUGGCUAAUGGAAGCCUCAUCACUGCCCCAUUCUGCCCCCCUACACCUGUCACGGUGGAUGAGCGGUGCUACCGGUUCUCUGACUGUGCCAGCUGUACAGCCAACACCAACGGGUGCCAGUGGUGUGACGACAAAAAGUGCAUCUCUGCUAUCAGCAACUGUACAUCUAAUGUGAAAAACUUCACCGAGUGUCCAGUGCGGAACGAGCAGGUGUGCAGUAAGCUCGCCAACUGCAAGAGCUGCUCACUGAAUCCCAACUGUCAGUGGGACCAGAACCAGUCUGAGUGCCACGCUUUGCCCGCCCAGCAGUGCAGUGAGGGCUGGAGCCAGGUGGGGGAGGCCUGCCUGAGGAUCAACUCCAGCCGUGAGAGUUAUGACAAUGCACAACACUAUUGCAAGAACCUCAACGGAAACAUAGCCUCUCUCACCAACUCCAAACAAGUGGACUUUGUGCUCGAGGAGCUGAAGAAGCUCCAGCAACUAGACAAGCGGCUGUCUCCGUGGGUGGGCCUGAGGAAAAUUAACGUGUCAUACUGGGGUUGGGAGGACAUGACCCCCUUCACUAACAGCAGCCUGCGCUGGUUGCCCGGUGAGCCCAGUGACUCUGGUUUCUGUGCCUACCUGGAGGAGCCCCAGGUGUCAGGCCUGAGAGCCAAUCCAUGCACCGCCACUGCCCAUGGCCUCAUCUGUGAAAAAGCUACCGGAAACCCCAAUCAGAGUUCCCGUCCUUCCUGCAAAAAGCCGUGCUCGCUGCACACCACCUGCGCCAACUGCACCAGCCCAACCAUGGAGUGCAUGUGGUGCGGCAGCGCCCAUCGCUGCGUCGACUCCACGGCCUAUGUCAUCUCUUUUCCCUAUGGCCAGUGUCUGGAAUGGCAGACUGGAGAUUGUAUUGCUCAGAACUGCUCCGGCCUGCAGACGUGUUCCCAGUGCUUGGAGCAGCCGGAGUGCGGUUGGUGCGGAGAUCCCAGCAGCACCGGGAAGGGUCUGUGCGUGGAGGGCUCGUACCGAGGGCCCAUGAAGAAAAUACCCAAGCAGAGCCAACAGGUCCAGUCCCAGGACAUGAGCCUGGAGCCAGGCAUGUGUCCCAAAGACAAGGGCUAUGAGUGGGCCUUCAUUCAAUGCCCUGCAUGCCAGUGCAAUGGCCACAGCACGUGUGUGAACGGCAGCGUGUGCGAACAGUGCCGCAACCUCACCACCGGUCCGCACUGCCAGACCUGCAUGCCUGGUUACCACGGAGAUCCGACCAAUGGCGGCAAAUGCCAGGCGUGCAAGUGUAAUGGUCAUGCAAGUGUGUGCCAGGUGUUAACUGGCAAGUGCUUCUGCACCACCAAGGGGAUCAAAGGAGACCAGUGCCAGCUAUGUGACUCAGAAAACCGUUACCUUGGCAAUCCACUCAGAGGAACCUGUUACUACAAUCUCCUGAUUGACUACCAGUUCACCUUCAGUCUCAUCCAAGAAGAUGACAAUCACUACACUGCCAUCAACUUCAUGGCCUCACCCGAGCAGGCAAACAAGAACUUGGACAUGUCCAUUAACGCGUCCAACAACUUCAACCUCAAUAUCACCUGGUCGGUGGGAUCAACAGCUGGAACCAUUUCGGGAGAGGAGGUGCCCAUUGUGUCCAAAACUAACAUCAAGGAAUACCGAGACAGUUUCUCCUGUGAGAAGUUCACCUUCAGAAGCAACCCCAACAUCACCUUUUAUGUCUACGUCAGUAACUUCUCAUGGCCCAUCAAGAUCCAGAUUGCCUUCUCCCAACACAACAGCAUCAUGGACCUGGUCCAGUUCUUUGUGACAUUUUUCAGUUGUUUUCUGUCGCUCCUGCUCGUGGCAGCAGUGGUGUGGAAGAUCAAACAGACCUGUUGGGCUUCACGGCGGAGAGAACAACUGAUGAGAGAACGUCAGCAGAUGGCCAGUCGUCCGUUUGCCUCAGUGGCCGUUGCACUGGACGUCGGAGGAGAACAAACAGAACUGUUGCAGCCUGUGGUUGAUGGUGUCCCGAAACCUGUUGCAAUGGAGCCGUGUUCAGGAGGGAAAGCUGCCGUGUUGACCGUCCUCAUGCGUCUGCCCUCUGGGCCCUUAGGCUUACCUCCACCUGGACAGUCAGGACUCAUCGUUGCCAGUGCGCUGAUAGACAUUUCACAGCAGAAACCGUCAGACUUUAAAGACAAGUCCCUGGCUUUAAAGAACCGAAAAGCCCUCCCUCCCGCGCACCAAGGCACCUGUGUUUGAGGCUCAUUCCAUUGGCUCACAUUGCACCAACUAAUCAAACGUCCUGGUUGGAAAACUUUGCCGAGCCAAGAGGAUGGCUUCACGUGGACGAUGUCCAUCGGGCUGCUACCACUGAGGGUUUUUUUUUGUUUUUUAAUGUCCCACGAGCACAACCCUUGUCCCCGUCCCUGCCCCGUCGGUCCGCUCUGCAUAUGUCAGCCUCGUAAAUCCCCGUCACCCCUUCCAGCCUCUGCAGCAGCAGCAGCAGCAGCAGCGUCCUCCUCACCGUGGCAUCAUGAGCGAACCUGCCUGACCAGUGACAUUAGAGACACAUUAAUUAGGACGGGGUCUGCACCUAGUGAAGCUUCAGCCGUAAAUAUCUGGAGACACCUUGUUGUCUGUUUGCUCAGCAUGAAGGAAAAAAAAACAAACAAAGGUGUCUGAAAUGAUUAUUAUUGUUGGCAAUAAAACCAGAAAAGGGCCGACACAAACACCGAACAUGCUGCCUGUUUUUGUUUGUUUUUGCUCGUCAGGACGUGGUAUUCUCUGGUGCUAAAGCAUUUAGUUUCAAUGACUCGGUCUUUGCUGUACGGCCUGAAGUACACUCUGCCUUUACAUGGAGGGAAAAGAAGCUAUGCUCUAGGACAGAACUCUUUUUUUUUUUUUAAUGACCACAUGAUAGUGUUUGGACAAGUUGAGUAUUUUGUCGCACCACGCUGCCAAUUCCCACGGAUGCUCUCUUUUAGCAUUUUGCUGUUCAUACACUAUGUCAUCCAUCCGACCAGCUGACGCUAAAGUCUGUAUUUUCUGUGGAAUGUUAUGUGAACAAACGCUGCAGAGACGUGGGACUGUCGGCGGCGGCGGCGGCGGCAGCAUGUGGGCGAAGACUGUAGCGCACGAACAAACCCCGUCGGCUGUCACAGUAAAAGCAUGGAACAACCUAAGACGAGUUAGACGUUGAACUUUUAUUUGGGACAGAAAUCUCCUCCUUUCAGUGUGUUUCGCUGCUAAAGAAGUCAUACAUCGCAGAGAAACACCCCAUCCCUGCUCAGUUUUGUUACUGUAGUUUGUAAUUGUGUCAUUUUGCUGUGCAACUUGGACAUUAUGAGCUUCGUCGCCCUCUGAUGGAAGUGGUGAGCUGGGAGAAAAGACUGUAGCGUGAUGAAAUAACACCAGGGACGUCAUGUUCCUCUGGCUGUUUACUAGUAUGUUUGUUUGUUUGUUUGUUUGUUUGUUUUUAAGAGUACUCUGAAGUUAUCGAAUUCCACCCGCCGAGUACAAGGAGCUACGACACCUUUUCUAACGCCUUGGCUUCCCCAUGAACUCUGACGGAGGGCAGGAGGCAUGUUGAUGCGCAGAAUUUUUUCAAAGCUGUCAACCAUUUUUAGCCCCGCCUCCACCCCUGAGCUGUACAGUGUCUUGUUGGAACAAAAUGUGAGUCUUUGUCACUCCCCUCUCUUGAGAUUUCACGUGUUUGUCAGGUUUUUAUGACAGAGUGGCAAGAGAUUAUCAUUUAUUUUAGGCCUUGUCGCCUGUUCCUAUUAUAUUGACGAUAAACUGUAAGUCUUUUUGCUACAUUUGUGAAAAAAAAGCAUUUCUGUUCAUAUUUUUUGUUAUGUUUUGAUAUUUAACAGAUUCCCUGUGUAAAAGGCACAUUUAACUUGAGUUUAUUCUUGUCUGUUGUUUUGAUGUCAACUGUUUUUUGUUUGUUGUUUUUUUUUUUUUUUUGAAUUGUGCAUCUUUAAAGGACAUUUAAUGGGCAUUGUCUUGCUUUUACGUUGUGGUCAUGAUGAUGCCUUUCAUAAGAACUGUAUGCCAGCUCAUGUGUUUUUCAUUUUGUGUUUGUAGAGUAAUCCUAUAACAGUGUCAUUACACAGGAGUCAGGUUUCACUGUACCGUGGAAAAUAAAAAAAAAAGACGAGAAACUGCGUAUCGGUAAUCUUCAGUGUAUUUUAAAGAUGGACAUCAUGCUGGGAAAUAAAAAAAAACACCGAAAACAGACGUGAAAAUGA